AUGUCCGGACCUUCCCAACCUACCCCUGUCCCAGCAAAAGCUGCUGAGAGAGGGGUUUUGGCCCCCGUGGUCGAGCGCGAUGAGUUUGGGUUACCUAUUCGAACUCAUAGUCGGUCACCACAGUCAAACAAAGAUGACGAAUCACCAGUCGCGAAGGACGGAGUAACGCUUGCAAAAGACGACGAGGCUGCGGCGCCAACUUCCAUUGAAAGCACGAAGGAGGUAGACCUAUCAGAAGAAGAUCGGGCAGUUCCGCCCACUAUUGCAUCUGGAGCUGCAAGGCAUUCUACCCGAAAGAUUCUGAAACCAGUGGGCACCUUAGCUGAAUCCAGCAAUUCAGAUACGCCGGAGAACAUCGACAAGUUUGAAUCAUUGGACUCAGAUGCUUCGAAAACUCACAAACGCUCUUCGUCCAGCCAAAGCACCCAACACAUAUCUGAAUGGUCACAUCAGCGGAUUACGGCAGUCGAGGAGGAGAAGGUUAGUGACGUUUCUGAGGAUGAGGGAUGGAAGGAUAUGCCAGCUUUGGAUGAAUUUGAUAUAUACGAUGAUUAUGGUAGAAUUGUUGCUCGUGGCGCUGCACAGGAAGAUGAUGCGGCUGUUUAUCAGGGACUGGGGGGCGCAGGGAAAGGCUAUACUCGUGUCCAGAUCGACGAAGAUGUGCAGUCAGUCACCAGUUUAGAUGAUGAGACGAAGUACCUUUUCAAAGAGCCGGAAAGCAAUGCUAUUGGUGUUGAAGACGAGCAACGGGACCCCCUCGCCCAGUUAAAAGCAACGAAGGACCUUUUAACUGAAGGACAAAGAAUUGCAUAUGUUGGAGUGACAAGAUUAACUAUCUAUCAAAUGAUAAAGGAGUUUCAAGAUAUAAAGCCAUCGAGAUCAUCGAAGAAGUACAUAUCUGCAGCCAUUGAUGCUAUGUCCAAGUGGGGUCAGCAGAUGAUGAUCCGGCUAUAUACACACAUGGACAUCGACUCUGCGGAACAGAUAAUGAUCGAACAGCUGGCAGAACAUGGUGUUCAGCCAGCCGACCUGAUCCCGCCGCUCAUGAAAAAUUCUCGAGUUAAAAACCCCCUUUCUGCUGAAGUUGAGUCCCCAAGACAGUCAACCUCUUCCCCCGCUGCCCCUGCCCCGGAGAAACUCCCCAGUUCAAGUGGAUCAUCAGAUUCUUCUGAAUAUUGCUCAUUACGAUCGUCAUCACCUCCACAGCAACCGUAUGAAAGUCACCCCGAUGGCGAUAUACCAGAAGUUAAAUCUCCUUCUGAGAUGCCGACUUCGGAGAAGAUAGAUAUCGACAUUCGAUGGACGGUGCUUUGCGACCUAUUUUUAGUUCUUAUCGCUGACUCGACAUAUGACGCCCGCUCACGUCGAUUGCUAGAACGAGUGGGGGAAUCCUUGGGUGUGACUUGGUCACAGAUAUGUCGAUUUGAAAAGCGGGUGGUUGAUGCAUUGGAAAUGCAAGAGGAGAAAGGCAAGGAGACCUGGGAUGAAGCGGAACAUAUGGAAAUGAGGCGAAAACAGGCCUUGAAGAAAAGAUAUAUGAUCAUGGGCCUUGCGACGGUGGGUGGAGGUUUGGUGAUAGGCCUUUCAGCAGGAUUGCUGGCGCCAGUCAUCGGUGCCGGUCUCGCGGCUGGAUUCACCACGAUCGGAGUCACCGGAACCGGUGCAUUCCUAGGGGGUGCUGGGGGAACAGCUCUCAUAGCAUCUGGCGCUACACUUACAGGUGGCACAAUAGCCGUUAGAGCUUCUAAUAGGAGAACUGGUGCAGUGAAAACGUUUGAAUAUCGGCCCUUGCAUAAUAAUAAGAGGGUUAACCUCAUCGUCACCGUUUCUGGGUGGAUGACCGGUAAAGUUGACGACGUUCGACUGCCUUUCAGUACGGUGGAUCCCAUAAUAGGGGAUAUCUAUUCGGUCCUUUGGGAACCAGAAAUGCUUCAGAGUAUGGGAGAUACAAUUAAUAUUCUUGCAACGGAGGCUCUCACUCAAGGUCUUCAGCAAGUCCUGGGAAGCACCAUUCUUGUUGCUCUAAUGGCAUCGUUACAACUCCCAAUUGUUCUCACCAAACUUUCGUACUUGAUCGACAAUCCGUGGAAUGUUUCACUGGUCCGUGCUAAUGCAUGUGGCCUCAUUCUGGCCGAUUCCCUCAUGGCUCGAAACCUCGGGAAUCGACCCGUCACUUUGAUAGGAUUUUCCUUAGGGUCGCGCGUAAUCUUCGCGUGUUUGAAAGAACUUGCCGAGAAAGAUGCGCACGGGUUGGUUCAAAAUGUUUAUCUAUUCGGUUCUCCAAUUGUUGCAAAUAAAGAUGAAUACCUGAAAGCGCGGAGUGUCGUUUCUGGCAAGUUCGUGAAUGGCUAUGCUUCCAAUGAUUGGAUUCUCGGAUACCUCUUCCGAGCCACCAGCGGUGGAAUUAUGAGGGUCGCCGGCCUGGCCCCUGUGGAUAAUGUUCCUGGAAUCGAAAACAUGAAUGUCACGCAGCUCGUUAAUGGGCAUAUGGCUUAUCGUGCGGCGAUGCCAAGGCUACUUCGCGAGCUGGGCUGGGAGGUGGAAAGUGACGAAUUUACUGAAAUUGAAGACCCCGAUCCAGAUAAACACCAAGAAAGACAACGGGAGCUGAUUCGUGAAAUCGACGAAGCACGCAAGCAAGCAGAAGCAAAGCCGGAUAAGACGCGAUUUGGCUUCUUUAAACGUGGGAAACUUGCUGAGAAGAAAGGAUGGGAAACCUAUGACGUAGAUGGCAAGGACUGUUCUUCUCGAAAUUCGUCUGAUAGUGGGCGUAGCCGUACUUCUCACAACCCCUCUGUUCUGUUUGAUAUCGGUGCUAUCCGCGCCGAGCUAGCAGCUGAACAAAUGGAAGUGAAGCAACUAGAAUCCACACUUCCCCCGAUAAAGAUUGAUCUCAACCCACCUUCACAUCUACCCGGAGAUUCAUCGUCUGGCGAGAAACUGUCAGUGAGUUCGUAUGACGCCCCCGAGCCCAAGGUGACAAAGGCCAACAACGGUGGUCCUUCGACCUUGGGCCAAUCGACUGCAGGGCAACCGAGUCACACCCUUGGGGGCUGGCAGGAAACGUUUGAAAGCAACCACCGCGGCCAUGACGAUGAUAACAUAGAGAUGACCUUUGAUACAUCAUAUACUAGUCCUCCAUCCCGAUCACCUCGGCCACCGGCGGCCUUGUCUCCACCAUACGACUUGUCCAGGAUGAGUUUGUCGCCAUCAUUGGAAUCUACCAGUGGGUCAAGCUCGAGAUUUGGCAGUGUUAACCUUAGCCAUAAUGCCUGGGCUGAUGACGAUGACGAUGAACGAAAAGAUGCAGAUAUACAAUUGAGUUUUGAGUAG